GGUGUCUGUUGGCGUUCCUUCACGCAGAUGAACUUCGGUGAAGCCGAUCUUUAAACAACGGCGCUGCUCGAUGAGCGAUAUUGGAAACUGAUCAAACCGGGCAUGGCACCCACAAAGGAGUCGAGGCUGAAUGUGGAGGCUCUGAGUAAAAGAGAUGUGCUGCUGCUCUUCAGUGUUCUUGAAGGAGAGCUGGAGGCCAGAGACUUUGUCAUACAGGCACUCAAGGGCCAGCGCAGAGAUUCCUACAUGUGGGAGCGAUAUGGCAAAUACAACCUGAGCGACCCGUUCCUGGCCCUGCAGAGAGACAGUGAGGUCCUCCAGAGCUCCGGCCAGACCAGGGGGGAUGGAGGAAGUUCCUCCCAGAGACGAGAGGGGGUCUGUGGGGCCACGGCUCACACGGAUCCUUUGACGGUGCUGAAGCUGGUGGUCGGACACUGCAGAAGGAUGCAGGAGAAGAUGCUGAAACAACUGGCAGCUGCUGAGAACAGACACAGGAGGGUCAUUGCUGAUCUGGAGGAGGAGAAGAGGAAGCAUGCUGAGGAUACUGCAGAAGGCGAUGAUGUCACUUACAUUCUGGAGAAGGAGAGAGAGCGCCUCCUGCAGCAGUUAGAGUUUGAGAAGGCAAAGACGUCCCGAAUGGAGAGGGAGAACAAACGACUGCACGAUCAAUUAGAAGACCAGCGGGUCCAGCAUAAACAGCUCAUGAUGGCGCUGAGUCGAGAAUGCAAACGCUCCGGGACGCGCGCACACGAGGAGUCUCAGCGCGCCUCCGAAUUCAGCCAUCGCCUUGAUCGUGAACGAGCGGCCAAUCAGGCGCUGAGAGUGGAGAUCGAGGAAGAAAAUAAGCGGGCUAUGCAAAUGGAGGCGAGGCGAGAGGAGCUGCUGGCUGAGUUUGACACUGAACGGGAGCAGCUUGGGCUGCGAUUACGAAAAGAGGAAGCGCGCUGUAAAGCACUACAGGAAGAACUAGAGAAACUGAGGAAAGAGAUGAACAACGCAGAGGAGAACUCAAACAAGACCCAAAUGAACGGACACCAUGUUCCUGUGGAGGAAGAUGGGAAUGUUGAGAUGCAAGGCGUGUUGACCAAUGGCAGCUCUCAGACCAAUCCACAAGCUCACAGCCCUACAAACGGCAAUCAUUCUCUUGAUAUGCCUAGCAUACAAGCAGCGUACCAGGCUGGGAUUAACCAGCGCUUCCAUGCAGCCCGCCACAAGUUCCAAGGCACCUUUGAUCCGGAUUCUCAGACCGUCUCUUCCCCUCCAAAUUCUCCAUGUGACCUCUCACCCUGUGCAGCCCAUUUGGUUCUACCAGACAGCAUUUCUUCUAAACAAGCGGCCCGCAGCACCGUCACACAAGCCCUGAAUCGCCUCAGCGCUCCGCAAAGUCCAAGCAAACCAACAUCCCCCUGCAGUUCCCCUUUCGGCACAGAUUACCGCACAUUGGCCAACUCUGGGAUGCUGUCUCCUACCAUCAGGUCUCCGACUAUUCCCAGAGUCGACAGAGCGAACCCACCUCCCAUCCCACCCAAGAAACCAGGCCUCGCAGACACGCCGCCUUCCCCGGCCACUCUCCGAGCCGCUCGCUUGGCUCAACCGGUGGCCGGUUGCGGGCGCAGCGGCAACUCAGAGAACAGCAAAGAGACAGACCUGAUGCUGUCAUCUAGCGGCUGGUGAGCACAAAUAAUGAACUUGAUCGUGUCAAACACUGUUGAUUUUUUUGUGAUGGACAUUUCAGGUUGUUAAAAUCAUUUGUUUUUAUUUUAUAAGUAAAUUUGCAAUGUUACCAUAUCUCGGUCAGAUGCAUGUUGACUUUGCGCAUGAAUACAAUAUGCAGACUGUAUUUUACCAUGAGAAAAAUCACUUUUUCUGUUUAUCACUGACAAUCACCAAUUUAAAUAGGUUUAUAUAUAUAUAUAUAUAUAUAUAUAUAUAUAUAUAUAAAACUACCAUUCAAAAGUUUGGGGUCAGUAAAGUUUCUUUAAUUGAUAAAUAUAUAAUUGAUAAUAUUUGAAUAUUUUAAAUUGUAAGAAUAUUUUACAAUUUUGCUGUAUUACUGAAUUGUUCGUGAUAUAAUAAAUGCAGUCAUGGUGAGCAUAAAAGACUUCUUUCAAAAACAUAAAGAAAAUCUUACUACCCCCAAAAUUUUGAUUAAUAGUGCAAACGAACAUUUUACCCUGUCAUCUAGUUUAUACACUGAAUUAUAUAUUUAACAGAUUGCAUGGACAAACAAUCCUUUGCUUUCUCAAACAGCAGUUUGUUUUGUAUAUCUAAAGGUAUUGGAUAUUUAGCCUAUUAUUUACGUCUCGCUCAGAAUCAUGUUACAGAUGUAUCACAUAAGGUUCUGUUUUGUUUAUCUUUUAAAUUUGUAUUCUUUUUGAGAUCUGAUAGGAAUGUUAUUUUUAUAACCAGUAUCAUUUUUGCUUUUUUUUUUUUCCUUACACGUGUAGACAUGGGCUGGAGGAAAAGAUUUUAGAUUUGCAUAUUCGUUCUACCUAAAUCCAGCCAGCAGAGGGCACAGUAUCACCCAUCCUCAGCCAUUUAUAGGCUAUAUUUGGAAAGGAAUACUAGUACACUAGCUUACUGCACAGUAUACUCUAUAUAAUGCCUUCUGUAUUUUAAAAAUAGUAUGUGAAAUAAAGUUAUUUUGAGAUUUAA